GCGCGCGCGGGCGGGGCGCGGACCGGCGGGCGGGGCCGGCGGCAGCGCUGCGGGCGGAGGCUGAGGCUGAGGCUGCGGCGGCGUCGGCGCGGCCCAGGACAGCGCCCCGGCUAGCGGUCCGGCGUGUCCGACCUCCCUUCGCCUCCCCACGCGGCUCUCGAUCGCGGCCUCGGGCCUGGCGGACUCAGCCUCCGGCCAUGGACUCCCAGAAAGAAGCUUUACAAAGGAUCAUUUCAACUCUGGCAAAUAAAAAUGAUGAAAUUCAGAACUUUAUUGAUACACUAAAUCAAACACUAAAAGGAGUUCAGGAAAAUUCUUCUAACAUACUUUCAGAGCUAGAUGAAGAAUUUGAUAGUUUAUACUCUAUAUUGGAUGAAGUGAAAGAAAGUAUGAUUAAUAGUAUCAAGCAGGAACAAGCUCGUAAAUCACAAGAGUUACAGAGUCAGCUUAGUCAAUGUAAUAAUGCCCUGGAGAACUCUGAAGAACUGCUAGAAUUUGCAACACGGUCAUUAGAUAUAAAGGAGGCUGAAGAAUUUUCAAAGGCUGCCAGACAGAUCAAAGAUAGAGUAACGAUGGCUUCAGCCUUUCGCCUUUCUUUGAAACCAAAAGUCAGUGACAGCAUGACUCAUUUAAUGGUGGAUUUUUCUCAGGAAAGACAGAUGUUGCAGACUUUGAAGUUUUUGCCAGUCCCCAAAGCUCCAGAGAUAGAUCCAGUAGAGUGUUUGGUGGCUGACAAUGCUAUAACAGUAGCUUGGAGAAUGCCAGAAGAAGAUAAUAAGAUUGACCAUUUUAUACUGGAAUAUAGGAAAACUAAUUUUGAUGGACUUCCACGUGUAAAAGAUGAGCGGUGUUGGGAUAUAAUUGAUAAUAUUAAGGGUAACGAAUAUACACUGUCAGGUUUAAGGUUUGAUUCAAAGUAUAUGAAUUUCAGAGUGCGAGCUUGUAACAAAGCUGUGGCUGGAGAGUGUUCUGACCCAGUGACUCUAGAGACCAAAGCACUUAAUUUCAGUUUGGAUAGCUCAUCAUCACAUUUGAACCUGAGAGUUGAAGAUACCUGUGUAGAGUGGGAUCCUACUGGAGGAAAAGGCCAAGAAAACAAAGUUAAAGGAAAAGAGAACAAGGGCAGUGCCCAUGUUACUUCAUUGAAGAAACAUACAAGAAGUGGUACACCAUCCCCCAAACGGACAUCUGUAGGCUCCAGACCACCUGCAGUAAGAGGCAGCAGAGACCGUUUUACUGGGGAAUCAUACACAGUGCUGGGAGACACUGCUAUUGAAAGCGGACAACAUUAUUGGGAGGUCAAGGCCCAGAAGGAUUGUAAAUCCUAUAGUGUGGGAGUAGCAUACAAGACUUUGGGGAAAUUUGACCAGUUAGGAAAAACAAACACUAGUUGGUGUAUCCAUGUCAACAACUGGCUACAAAACACAUUUGCAGCAAAGCAUAAUAACAAAGUCAAAGCCUUGGAUGUUACUGUUCCUGAGAGAAUAGGUGUAUUCUGUGAUUUUGAUGGGGGUCAACUUUCUUUCUAUGAUGCAAACUCAAAACAGUUGUUGUAUUCCUUUAAGACAAAAUUUACUCAGCCAGUACUACCUGGUUUCAUGGUUUGGUGUGGUGGACUUUCUUUGAGCACUGGGAUGCAGGUUCCAAGUGCUGUGAGAACACUUCAGAAAAGUGAAAAUGGAAUGACUGGUUCAGCUAGCAGCCUAAACAUUGUUACUCAAUAAUGCCUACUCAGAAUGCUUCACCUUUCCUUUUGAUUGGGUGGUCUAAUCAUAGAACUUGUGAGUGGUGGAAAUGAGUUUGCUACGUUCUGCUUUACGGCCUGGAAUCUGUUAGCAUUAAGCAUCUAGUACCACAUAUUCACAGGAACCUACAGUGCAAUGUCAUAGAAGCAAGCAGAGAUUGAGCAAGAAACUGAUAUUUUGAAGAGCAAAUGGAGAAAAAGGCAGUAUUUAAAUAGUUACUUAAUUAGAAACUCAUCUUUGUGUUUCUUGGAUUACUUUGGUUCUUCUGAUAUAUUUAGUUACAUAUGGUAGCCCUAGGGCCUGAAGAAUAAGCAUUUAAAUCUGGCCUUCUUUUGUCUUUAUUUUUUCCCCCACUUAUUACUGCAUAUCAUUUAGUUCUUACACUGAAGCUUUUAAAAAUAUACAGUCCUCUGAGGUUUCCAAAAUAUUAAAAUUGUUUGGAGAUUCUAGACACGUUUUCUUCCAAUGGUUUGUUUUUCCCCGUUUAUAAAUAAGUUGAGUUUUGCCAAAUUAUCUUCUUUUGUUUUAUUGACUAAAUUAUAUGUAAUUUUCUGUUUUCUAAAUGUCGUGGUAUUUUUCUUGUGGUUAUAACUCAAAAUAAAAAAUGGGUAGAAAGAGUUUCUAAACAUAAUAGCUUAAAAUCACCCACAUUUCAGUUUUUUACCUGCUGCGCUAACUAUGGCAAAUGAUAUUUUUUAUAUGUUGCCCUAUUUAAUUAGAUUGCUUUGCAUUCCAUCAUUUUGGAUGAUUGGUAAGAUUUUUAAAUGCUUUAUAUUUUCUAAUUUUGCUGUCUAGUUUAACACUAUCUUUAGUAGUUAUCUUUGGUAAAAUUCCCACUUGGAUUUGGUAAUAACUGAUAAUAUACUUAUACUGAUUUUUAACAUUUUUAGUAGGAAGGAAGUUUAUUAAAAUUAUAUGGAAGGUGGAAAACCUACACUACUCAGAUUUUACCUAAGAAAGAUAGGCUCUAACGGGAGGUGCCUAAAACUAUUCCAUACUGGUCAUUUAUAUAUGCUUUUGGUAAGAUAUGGAAUAGUUUAAACAAGUAUUUGAGGGAGGGGGAAACCUAUCUGAGACUUACUUGGCAUAUAAGUUUUUCAGUCAUUACUUAGAAAAAAUCAACAUAGAAUAAUCUUCCCCAAAGUUAGGAAAAAUGUGUUAACAACUAGUAAUACCCAUGGUUAUUGAGAACAUACCUGUUUUUUUAAGUUAAAAUUUAUAACACAAGUCCUUUGAGCCAAACUGAAAGUUGCAAUAAUAGUAGUAUUAAAGAAUUUCUUGAGUGUUUUAAAGAGAUCUGAAUUGGUAUGUUCCUUAAUUUUUGGAACAUUUUAACAUUCACUCUCAUUUUAAGUAUGUUGUACUAUGACAACCUUCUUCCAAGAAGUGAUGACGUUGCUUACAUCAGUUGUUAUCACAGAAAGUCCUGCGGAAUAGGAAUAGCUCAUUCUUUUUUGAAUUUUACUGCUUACUGAUAGGAUGUUUUGUUCAUUUUGAAACAAAUCUAAAUGAGGAAUUUUAUUUAAACUAGGUAUUAUUUUU